GAAGUCCAUAACUACAGAAGACUGUCACCUUCUAUUGCUCGUGGCAGCCAUACCGCGCGUUUAUGGAAUCAUUGAGUGUGCCGUUUUAGAUCGUCUUCUGUAAUUUAAAUCUGUUUAGCUGUUAUUCGUACAUUUGUUUUAAUUGAUAGUUAUUUCAAAUUUUCCGUGCCAAAUUGAUAAACUACUCUCGAACAUGCGCGAGGUACUUUCGAUCAACAUCGGCCAGGCGGGAUGCCAAAUCGGUAAUGCAUGUUGGCAGCUGUUUACCCUAGAACAUGGCAUACAGGCGGAUGGAACAGUUAGCGAAAAGGUACCGAUCGAUGAGAAUAUGGCAGCGUUCUUCCACAAUACGGACUCCGGUAGAGUGGUACCUCGUAACAUCUUUGUCGACUUGGAGGAGUCUGUCAUAUCGGAGCUGAAAAAUGGCCCUUACAAGUAUCUAUACCAUCCAUUGCAUAUGAUCACGGGCAAAGAGGACGCCGCCAACAACUAUGCCAGGGGACAUUAUACGGUUGGAAAGCAGAUCAUCGAGCAAGUUUGCACGUCUAUCCAAAAACAAGCGGAGCAAUGCGAUGGCCUUCAGGGCUUUUUGGUGUUCCAUUCGUUCGGCGGCGGAACUGGCUCAGGGUUUACCUCGCUGUUGAUGCAACGAUUGGCUUCGGAGUUUGGUAAGAAGUGCAAGCUGGAGUUCGCGGUGUAUCCCUCGCCGAGAAUUUCGACGGCCGUCGUUGAACCGUACAAUACGGUCAUUUCUACCAGCACUACCAUGGCGAAUUCGGAUUGCUGCUUCAUCAUGGACAACGAAGCGAUUUACGAUAUCUGCUCGAAGAAUUUGCAGAUCGGACGACCGGAUUACAUCCAUUUGAACACGUUGGUGGCCCAGGUCGUGUCCUCGGCCACUGCCUCGCUCCGGUUCAAAGGCACGAUGAACGUAGAUUUGAACGAGUUCCAGACGAAUCUUGUGCCGUAUCCAAGGAUCCACUAUCCCUUGGUGUCGUACGCUCCGUUGCUAUCAGCGUCCAAAGCGCAGCACGAGUACUCAUCCGUGUCGGAGAUCACCAACGCAUGCUUCGAGCCGUCCAACAUGAUGGUGAAAUGCGAUCCUCGUCACGGAAAGUACAUGGCCUGUUGUAUGCUGUACCGAGGAGACGUAGUCCCGAAGGAUAUCAACAGCGCCAUCGCGGCCAUCAAAAGCAAGCGGCACAUCACGUUCGUGGAUUGGUGUCCGACCGGGUUCAAGAUCGGCAUCAACCAGCAGGCACCGAGUGUACUUCCGGGCGGAGACUUGGCCAAACCCAAACGGGCCGUUUGCAUGCUUUCCAAUAGUACGGCCAUGUCCGAGGCUUGGGCGCGGGUUGAUCAGCAGUUCGAUUUGAUGUACCGGAAGCGGGCCUUUGUGCAUUGGUACGUUGGAGAGGGUAUGGAAGAGGGCGAAUUCAGCGAAGCGCGGGAAGACUUGGCAGUUUUGGAGCAGGAUUACGAGGAAGUGGCGGGCGAUACGCAAGAUCCCGACGGAGUGCCUUCGGAUUAUGAAUAUUGAAUGCGAAUCAGUAGUGUUUUCUGUACAAAUGUACUGCUUUGUGUAUUUGUUCUCUUUAGUAAGCUAUGUCUAAAUAAACAUUUACAAUAGAAAUUCAAUAAAGAUUAUCAUAAUUGUCCUGUAAUAA